AUGAAGUGUCUCUGGCCCUCAGUGAAUGACUAUAGGGCAGCAAGUAGAACCUUUAACCACCACACCGCUACCAUACGAAACCAUACCCCCUCUACCAUACUCCCAUCCUACGAGACCAUACCCCCAUCCUUCGAGACCAUAUCUUCUACCAUACCCCCAUCCUUCGAGACCAUAUCUUCUACCAUACCCCCAUCCUUCGAGACCAUACCCCCAUCCUACGAGACCAUACCCCCAUCCUUCGAGACCAUAUCUUCUACCAUACCCCCAUCCUUCGAGACCAUACCCCCAUCCUACGAGACCAUACCCCCAUCCUUCGAGACCAUAUCUUCUACCAUACCCCCAUCCUUCGAGACCAUACCCCCUACCAUACCCCCAUCCUUCGAGACCAUACCCCCUACCAUACCCCCAUCCUUCGAGACCAUAUCUUCUACCAUACCCCCAUCCUACCAGACCAUACCCCAUACCAUACCCCCAUCCUACGAGACCAUACCCCCAUCCUUCGAGACCAUAUCUUCUACCAUACCCCCAUCCUACGAGACCAUACCCCCUACCAUACAUCCAUCCUACGAGACCAUACCCCCUACCAUACAUCCAUCCUACGAGACCUACCCUCUACCAUACCACCAUCCUACGAGACCAGUGUGUGUCAACAAUUUAGCAAGAUCAACACUACCACCAUUAAUCCUCACCACACAACCGCCAAACCAUCACCAAACCACAACAACUUAA